ACUGCCAACUGAGAAAUCCCUCAAACUAGUGUCGAAAGGAGAAGAGAAAGAGCAAAAAUGGAUGAAGCAUGUGGAGUUGAAGUUCCAAGAGUGAAACUAGGAAGUCAAGGAUUGGAGGUGUCAAAGCUGGGAUUUGGUUGCUCGGGUCUCACAGGAAUUUACAAUGAUCCAGUCCCAGAAGAGGAUGCAUUUUCACUUAUCAAACAUGCAUUUGAUCAGGGAAUCACUUUCUUUGACACUGCAGAUGCCUAUGGAAACAAUGCUAAUGAGCUUUUGGUUGGAAAGGCUUUGAAGCAGCUGCCAAGAGAUAGAAUCCAGUUAGCCACAAAAUUUGGCGUCUGCCACCAAAAGACUGGCACAAUAAUAUGUGGUACACCUCAGUAUGUGCGAGCUUGCUGUGAAGCCAGUCUGAAGCGCCUCGAUGUUGAAUAUAUUGAUCUCUACUAUCAGCACCGCGUCGACACAUCGGUGCCUAUUGAGGAUACUAUGGGAGAACUCAAGAAGUUAGUGGAAGAGGGAAAGAUAAAAUACAUUGGGUUAUCUGAAGCCAGUCCUGAUACUAUAAGGAGGGCACAUGCAGUUCAUCCCAUUACUGCUCUACAAAUGGAGUGGUCUCUCUGGACUCGCGAUAUAGAGGAAGAAAUUGUCCCACUUUGCAGGAAACUUGGAAUAGGGAUUGUGACCUACAGUCCUCUUGCCCGAGGCUUUUUUGGUGGAAAAAAAGUUGUGGAAGCGGUCCCUGCAAACAGUAUUGUGGCAUCCCAUCCUUGGUUUGAAGGAGACAACUUCAACAAAAACAAAAUCUUAUAUUCCCGCAUGGAAAAGUUGGGUGAAAAGCAUGGCUGCACCCCGACACAGCUUGCACUUUCCUGGAUUCUUCACCAGGGAGACGAUGUUGUUCCAAUCCCUGGGACAACUAAGAUUAAAAAUUUCGACAAUAAUUUUGGCUCUCUAAGAGUGAAGCUUACAAAGGAGGAUUUAGAAGAGAUUUCUGCUGUAAUCCCCAUCAACGAGGUGGCGGGGAGUCGCUUCAAAGAUGACAAUUAUCUUCGUGCCUCCUGGAAAUUUGCUGUCACGCCAACGAAAGAGAUUCCCGCGGCUAUUUAAAAAUAGUAGAACUUAGGAUAAUAAGGAGCAAUAAUAAAAUAAAAAUGCGGGGAUUUGCGUACUUCGUAUGCAACAACUGCAAGAAUAACCGAGGCGGAGUUUGGUUUCUGUUUGGUUUCUGAAGCAAGCCACUAGAUGUUGAAUAUAGAUGAACAUACCUGGAUGAAACGAGAAGACUAUAUGUGAUGUGCUGAAUAUGUAUUACGUUGUUGAAUAUAUGGCAAUAUGACUUUGAU